CUGGCAUGACCACUGCUCUGUUCACUGUAUUGAUGUGCAUUCAUCACAAGGAGCAAUGUUGCGUGGUGUGUUCUUAGGCUGCCUCUUGAAUUUCUUGGCUUUUCACUUUUUCAUCAAACAUGAAUGCCAGGCAAGUGAGUUUACCUUGCCAGGGGACUAUAAACUCGGGGGAAUUUUUCAUGUGCAUUCAGCCAGUGAUGUUGUGGUACCGAAAACUCCUAUGGCACUAGAAUGCAAUACGCAGCCAUUUUCAAUGUCAGCUUAUCAGAUGUUUGAGGUGAUGCGGUUUGCUGUGGAGCAGAUUAAUAACUCCACCACCAUCCUGCCUAACAUCACUCUUGGCUAUGAGAUCUUUGACUAUUGCUUAAAAACUCGGAGUUUUCCUUCAAUCCUCGAUUUUAUCUCGGACAACGGACGAAUAAGUGUAUCAGCCAAGGAGAACAAACACAAUGUUAUUGGUCUGGUGGGUGCAUAUGCAAGCUCUCAAUCUAUGUCUGUUGCACCUUUGUUCAUGAUGGACCUCAUUCCAAUGAUUAGCUAUGCAUCCUCCAGUUUCGAUCUAAGCAAUAAGUGGGUCUACCCAAGCUUUUUGAGGACUGUACCAACCAACCAAGAUCUAAUUAUGGUCAUAAUUAAGCUCAUUCAGCAUUUUGGAUGGAAUUGGGUAGCUUUCAUUAGCAGCGACGAUGCGUACAGUCGGAACGGCCUCGAAUUAUUUCGCAGUAACAUCAAAGACACCAGCAUCUGCUUGGCCUUUUUCUACGAGCUUAAGUCAAAGUCCAAUUAUUCAGAUAUACUAAACAAGAUUGACUCACUCAGCAUCAACGUGAUCAUAGUCUUCACACAAGAACUCCCAGCUCGAGAAUUUGUCAAAACAGCUGUCAGAAUCAAUAUUAGAGACAAAGUCUGGAUAGCAGGUGAUACAUGGUCUAUGGAUGAAGCACUUAUCAGUUACCCAGGCAUCGAGCAAAUCGGGACUAUUUUCGGUGUCACAGCAACAACUCUGAGUUUACCUGGAUUUGACGAAUUUGUCUACCAAACUCGGCUGAGUGGUGACGACGAGAACUGUGUGAAUUGUAUGGAUGGAGAGAAGUGCAAUCAAGAUUGCGAAAACUGCACAAGCCUGAAAGCAGAAGACAUUAUAAACCAAAAUCCUACAUACUCAUUCUCCAUCCAGGCGGCUGUGUAUGCCUACGCUUAUGCACUCCAUCAAGCGCUCAAUUGUAGCAUGACAAGGUGUGAUCCACCUCGAAACAUCCCACCGUAUGUGAUUCUGAAUUACCUGAGAAAGUUGAGCUUCACUUUACAAAACCAGCUAAUUGAAUUCGACCAAAAUGGUGAUCCACCAGCCAGUCUUGGAGCAGUACUCUGGAGGCCAAACAAAAAUCCACUUUUUGUAAUGGCUGCUACAUAUGAAUCACACCCAACUAUUCAGUUUACCCUGAACAGUCGUGCUGUUCCCUGGUCUGAAAAUGGCACAGUGCCUUAUUCCAAUUGUUCUAUUCAGUGUGACACUGGUUUUAAAAAAGUGCAAACUUCAAUACAUAAGUGCUGUUUUCAGUGUGAGAAAUGCAAGGCCCAGACAUACAUCAACACCACAGCGGAUGCUUACACUUGCUCUCCAUGUGAAGAGGGUUACUGGUCCGAUGAAAAGAGCAUAAUCUGCAAAAGGCGCAUUAUUGUCUUUCUUGAACUCAAGGACCCUCUGUGCAUGCUAUUUUUUGUGUGCGCUGUGGCAUUCAUUGCUAUCUCCAUUGGACUCAUCAUCCUUUUUGGCAUCAACUACAACACUCCGGUGGUAAAGUCUGCCGGUGGUAAUAUGUGCUUCCUUAUGUUGUUCUGUUUGGUUCUGGCCAACAUUGGCGUAUUCUUUUACUUUGGAGUGCCAGACCCAGUGAACUGUGCUCUAAGGAAUGUCUUUUUCAUAUUUUUCUACACUAUUUGCUUUUCUUGUAUGGGUGUUCGCUCCUUUCAAAUAGUCUGUGUCUUCAAAAUGGCUGCUCAGUUUCCAGAUGUCUACCAGUGGUGGAUGAAGAACAAUGGUCAGUGGCUUUGUAUUAAUGUCUACUCUUUCAUACAGCUUAUUGCUUGUGCGAUAUGGCUUCUAACUGGAAGACCCAAACCCUACAAUGAUAGUACGUCUUUUAAAGAUCAGACUAUUUUGACAUGCGAUAUGGGAUCAAUGGUCACAUCCACCUUGGCUUGGUCUUGUCUCUGGUUUCUUAGUAUAGUCUGUUUCUGUUUCUCCUACAUGGGUAAAGAUCUCCCAAAAAGCUAUAAUGAAGCAAAGUCCAUCACGUUUAGCUUGCUUGUAUUUUAUCUGGGCUGGAUUGCAUAUUUCACAGCAUACAUUGUGUUCAGAGGAGCUUACAUACAGCUUCUUAAUGCAGUCGCACAGCUGUCCAGCUCAUAUGGAAUCAUUUUUAGCUUCUAUAUGCCAAGGGCCUACAUCAUUAUCUUCCAACCCAAAAAGAACACUCAGGCAUACUUUCAGUCAUCAAUCCAGACAUAUACACAGACUCUUAGCAGAAUGUAGGCUUAUAUAAUGCAUAGAAGAUGGAUGUAUGUGCAGCAGUUUUACAAGUACAGGUCUUCAUCCAUAGUGGCUAAAUCCAUACUCAUAAUCCAUGAACAAAAGGCAAAAGGCAGGAACCUAGGAAUAUUGGGAAAUGUAAGGAAAUAGCUGAAACAGAACUUGAAAGAGAACAAACUAUUUAAAAACCAUAAUAAAUGCAUAUACUGUAUAUAAAAACAGUGUGGGUGUGGUAAUGCACUAGAUGAAACACUAGGUGGCGCAGUUAUGUUAAAGGACACCAGCGAAGUUAGUGCCUGAGUUGUGGCAUGAAUCAGAGACCGGACUGGGGACCAAGAUUACGAUUAGAGUAAGAAGAAGGAAAAGUGACAGGGACCAUGAACACUGAUGGGAAGUAGACAUUGGUAGGAGCUACCAAUGACACAACACUUAAAGGGACAUAGGGAAGAAACAAGACCAUUUAUAAUGGUGUAUAACCCUUAAAAGUAGACCUAGGAGCAAAUCUACUUCUUGGUGUUAGGUAAAACUGUGGAAACUGGCAGGGGAAACCCUUCUGUAUAGCCUUUCAAUACUCUGAGUCUAAAUAGUCCUUCCCUUAGCAAUGACAACAUCCUCCUCACAAUCUUACUACAUAUGAUAACUUGACAACUGUAUUUAAACAGAAAAUAAUGAUAUUGUGAAACAUAUGAUGUGUUACAAGCCUAAAUCACAACUGAGAGUGAGAAGUUGUUCUUGUUUGUCAUCUCCUCACGUUUUUAAAUUGCAAUUUCAAUACUAAAUAUGAUUUUUUUUUUAAUGUAUAAUCCUAUUAUCAGUAACAUAUUUGGAGAGAUAUUGCUGUUGUGUAAACAUCUGAAACAUGCGUGUAAUACUACAGUGAUACUAAAGUCUAUCUCAUUGUAUUAUGGAAAGUGGACGUGUAAUGAUGCAUGUUGUGGCUUAAUCAAAUUGAUAUAUGUAAAGUGGACAUGGAUGUUGAUUCCAUUCUUCCAUCCUUCCUAGCUGACUCGCACAGCACAGGCCUGUCACGGAAUGACUUCAUAUAGAACAUGCAAUGCCUCUCCUAUUAAAUUGUUUUCUUAUCUGGCCAUUACAUUAUACACUUUGACCACUAUAUUAUUCAUAAACAUGUUUAUGAAGGAAUGUACAUGCCCCAUUAAAAGGUAACCAUUAAAACACACAUUAUCCACAUUUAAUUAUGGAUUUUAUAAAAAUCCUGGAUAAAAAUAUCUUGAAUAAAGCUGUAAUAUUGCAUAUUUCUUCUUGUGACAUUACUACCUUAAAAUUAAA